AAACUACAGCAUCCAAAACACAUUUUUGCACAACGCUGCUACAUAUGGAGUAAACGCUUUGCGUUAUCAUGUGACACAAUUCCCACCAAUCAGUUUGGAGUUUUCUCACAGAGGCGACAGAAUCAGACUAAUCUAAGAUGGCGACUGCGGAACCGUUCCUUGGCUGUAUCAGUUGGGGUUGAACUCUCAUGUGCAUUUCAUUACCUUUGUCUUUGUGGCCUGGUUUGUCUGAAAAGGGACUGCAGUGAACCUACUGUUGUUUUACCCAGAAAAAAAAUAAAUAUUUGUAUGCAACGGAUACAACAUGACAUUCAAAAUGUCUUACUUUCCCUGAAGAUUUCAGCACAGAAAAACUUACACAGGCUGAAAGAAGCCACUGCAAAAUCAAAAACUUCAGAGGAAGGCAAAGCUGAGGUAGCUGUCCCAGAAAAUCCUGAACACUACGUUAAGCACCCACUACAGAACAAAUGGGCACUUUGGUUCUUUAAAAAUGACAAAAGCAAAACAUGGCAAGCAAAUUUACGUUUGAUCUCCAAGUUUGAUACUGUUGAAGAUUUCUGGGCGCUUUACAAUCACAUUCAGCUGUCCAGCAACUUGAUGUCAGGAUGUGAUUACUCGCUCUUUAAAGAUGGUAUAGAACCUAUGUGGGAAGAUGAAAGGAAUAAACGUGGAGGGAGGUGGCUCCUCACUCUGAGCAAGUCACAGAGACGACUUGAAUUGGAUCGUUUUUGGUUAGAAACACUUUUAUGUUUGAUAGGAGAAGCCUUUGAUGAUGCUAGUGAUGAUGUUUGUGGAGCUGUUAUCAAUGUUCGAACAAAAGGAGAUAAAAUAGCAAUAUGGACUACUGAAUGUGAGAACAGAGAAGCAAUCAUGCAUAUAGGGAGAGUAUACAAAGAAAGGUUAGGACUUCCUUCAAAAGCAAUUAUUGGGUUCCAGUCUCAUGCAGACACAGCUACUAAAAGCGGCUCUACCACUAAGAAUCGAUUUGUGGUUUAGGACAGCCUUUGGAGAAUUUUUUUCAGUUGGAGACUGCGUUCAUCAAUCGAUAUUUGGGAGCUAAACCAAAGCCUCUCCAAAGGCAGAUUGGACUGCAUUCUAAUUUAAUUUCCAUCUCAAUGUUGCCAUUCAGAUUUGUGAAUUUUUUUUCUUCAGUUAGCAUUUCUUUUUCUAGAAUUCUGGGGUAAGGUUAUUCUUUACCUAAUACACCACAUCAAAACAAUUAAUACAGAGAAGCCACGUAUUUCUAAACAAAAAAUGUUUCAUUGUAACCGCUUUAUAAAUAGAAUACAGUUACAGAAUUAUUCAUUUGUAAAUUGUUGCUGUUUAUAUAUUAAAAACAAUUUAAACCAUUGUUUUAUUUUGCAUAUUUUUCCUAUUUUGAAAUGGGAGGGGUUGAAUUUGGAUCAGCAGGCGUUCAGUGUAUUAGUUUUUGUACAGCAGUGUUAUUGCUGUAAUCUGUGCUAAUGUUUGCUGCUAGUUUUAAUUUAUUUUUUUGUCUUUUCUUUACUUCAACUGACUUACUAUAGAUCCAGUAUUGGUGGUGGUAUUGGGUGAUUAUAGUGAACCUGGGUAGAAUUUAAACAUUAAGUAUUUUACAUGCAUUUACUGAAUUUUGUUUUCCUAAUGGGAAACUAACAUUAUUAAAGAAAAGCUAAAACUUUCCACUGUUAA